AUGCCUAGUGAGCGGUCUCGUGGUAAGUUGACCCUGUUUUGCUGUAAAGAUGAAAAAUAUUACGCGUUGACUUGUCUCCACGUUGGUUUUGGACCUCAUCUGAAGUUUAAUUAUGACCUUCUUGCGAUUCAAGAUGAAAUUAGUGAAAACAAAGAAAGCAUUCAGCGUUUAUUACAUGAAAAUAAAUAUACUUUCUUGGAUGAUAACAGCGUAGUUGGUCAUUUUUGUGACUUCUCUUAUGGUCCUGAAAUUGAUAUCAUGUCUAUCACUGUUGGCAAGAAAGAGGAUUUUCAGAAGCUUGUUGGUGAUGAAUUGGAAGAUGUUGAUUCAAACUUUGAUGACGUAUUUAGCAAAAUUCUCAAAAGAUUAAACAUUGUCUUAAAAGCACUCGGCCUUCAGGGUGGUCAGUUUUUUAAACCGAAGAACAAUGAUGACUCCCUAUCUGUUAGUGAUAAACACAUCGACGAUGCCACUGCAUUGAACAACACCAACCGUGACGACAAUGGUCGCACUGCCUCUUAUAAAGAGAAAGCUGACGAGAGAACAUAUCAGGAACAUGAACAAGCGACAUACACUUAUUCAAGCCAACUUGAAAUUGCUGAGAAAACGGACAUUCCUGUUGAUCAUCUAAAGUUAAAAGUGGGGUUGUCGCAAGAAUGGAAUUGCGUUGACAAAUCAGUGAUGCAUCGCGAAAAGUUUGAAAUGAUGCAAAAACACUGGCUUGAACAUCCAGGUGAUAUUAGAAUUAAAGGCGAUGUACGUGUGAUUUUUGAUGAAAAGUUCUUGAUUGGCAAAGGAAGUGUUGGAACAUUGGUUUAUCUUGGUUUGGGAAAUGAUGGUUUUGUCAAGUCUACUAGUUUAGAUAAACUUCACGAAGCCCUUCCCAAAAUCCUUAGACAAAUUUUAAAUGGAUUAUCUGAUCUUCAUAGUAGCCCAAGUUCUAUUCUUCAUCGGGAUUUAAAGCCUUCUAAUGUUCUUCGAGACGUGGAAGGCAAAUUUAUGAUAGCUGACUUUGGCAUUAGUCGAAUAUUGGAAAGUGGCAAUGAAUCAACAUAUCCAAGCAUUCCUGGUAAAGGAACUUAUGGUUGGUCCGCUCCUGAAUUCUUUAGUGAUGGUCGUUACAAAAAAGAGUCAGAUAUAAUGAGUGCAGGAAUGGCGGCUUAUUAUGUUGCAACAAAAGGGGAACAUGCUUUUGGAACUAAAGAGAAUAGAUUGAAUAACUUGUUAAAUGGAAACCCUGUUGGCUUGAAGAAAAUCGAUGAUGCUCAACUUGAAGAUCUUCUUUCAUGGAUGCUACAGCAUGAGCCUAAACUCAGGCCAUCAGCCAAAGAGGCGUUAAAACAUUCUUAUCUACAAUCCAAUGAGGAAAAGUUUGACAUGCUGUGUGAAGUUGGGAGCCAACCGGAGAUAAAACAACCACAAUGUCAAAAUUCAGAUGUUCGUAAGCAGUUGGACUGUCCCACAGAAUGGAUGAAAUGUAUCGAUGAUGAAGUUUUGAAAGAUUUAAAAACAUAUGAAGUAAACAACAAAUAA